UUAAGAAGCACUUGUCGGCAUAUAAAUGCUUAAGAAUUAGGUUGUUGGAAUAUCUGAAACGAACGCAAAGCAGAAUUCUUGAUCUGGAAGAAAAAUAUCGAAGAAAACUGAAACGAAACAACCACAACUUUCGAAAAUGGAUUUGUCCAAUUUCCUUUUAGUGAUGGUCGUUAUGUUUUUGCAACAAACUUCAGUGAAUUGCGGCGCACUGACAAGGAGCGAUUUCGUCAAUAAGUUGACGAGGGAACGGAGAUCAGUCUCCGAGCAAUCUGUUCAAGUGAACGAAGACCUUGAAGCUGUCGUCUACACUCUUAACCGACCGGUCGGGGGAACUAGGAGAACACCUGGUUCUUUGCAGGAACUUUUUGCACAAUUCCGUAAAACCGGGACGUCUUUUACUGCCCCAGUGAUCCAAACCACCGGCGAAGUAAGAACUACUUCUUCUAGCAAUGAAACAGAAGGGACAGGGAACCCAGAAACUAGCAAUUCACCAGAUGUCGAAGCCGAAAUUCAAAGUGAAGAAAAUCAACAUGACGUCACCAUUUCGUCAUCAGUGGACGAGACGGCGCCAGGCGUAGACCCGAAUGACGUUGAGGAGAUCGCUCGUAAGCGCCACUAUGCGGCGAAGGACGGUUUCGCAAAAAUCAUCGACAUCAAUCAACGCGUUGGAGUUAGAGGGGUAAAGCAAGGAGACAUGCGCAUGAGCCUGAACCGUAACUCAGCAGGUGGAAGCGACAAGUGGCCCAAAACCAGAUCUGGUCCAAAUCGUGGCUUGGUUAGAAUUCCGUACAAGAUAUCAAGUCAAUACAACCGCACGCAAUUAGCCGUUAUUCGAUCUGCAAUGGCCACGUUUACAAGACACACAUGCCUUCGAUUUGUCCCAAGGCGCACUGAAGUCGCGUAUAUUUUUAUCAGCAACGGAAAAGGUUGCUGGGCAUACGUUGGUAAAACUGGCUACUCCUCACAAACUGUAUCGCUUGGAAUUCCCGGGUGCGUGGCUAAGGGUAUUGUCCUUCACGAGUUCAUGCAUGUUGCUGGCUUCCAACACGAACAUUCUAGAAGCGAUCGCAACCGAUACGUUCAAAUCCUAAGACAAAAUAUCCAAGGAGAUAUGACAAUGAAUUUCGAUCUUUACAACGAUACCGUUAACUACGUCGUGUACGACUACAACAGCGUUAUGCAUUACAGCAAAACUGCAUUCUCCAAACAAAUUUAUCUGCCGUCGAUUCAGGUUAUACCAAAGAGAAAACCGGAACCAAUUAUUGGACAGCGAGAACGUUUAAGUCCCUACGACAUCGAAGAAGUCAAAUAUCUUUACGAUUGUGGAGCAGGAACAUACCAACGAUGUGGAAGAGAUUUCUUCAACCUUGCAACUGGUUCGUUUAACAGUCCAAGUUACCCCAGCCCUUACCCAGCGGAAGCUCACUGUACAUGGAACAUUACCGUACGACCAGGACGUUUCGUGAACGUCACGUUCAAGGGAAUUGACAUCAGUGAUUCCCCGCUAUGUCAGAACGACGUUAUACUUAUCCACGAUGGGAAAAAUGCGGCUGCCCCCACUAUGAGGACAGUCUGUGGUACUCAAACUGGAGAUAUUUCUAUUGUCAGCACUGGCAGAAGCAUGUUCAUUAUGUUCUCGUCUGACCCAACGCGAGAUUCGAACCGGGGUUUCCGUGCAAUAUUCCGUGAAACGAGACUUCCUGGUAGAACUGCUCGAGCACUAGCUAUGCCAACCCUACCUCCGAUCACACACUCACUUGGGAGAUUCCAAUGCGAUUUCGACCAAGGUACUUGCGGUAUGACACAAGACACGCUCGACCAACUUGACUGGAUAAGAAGCCGAGGCCCGACGCCAAGCCGUAACACUGGGCCAUUUUUUGAUAACACAAAUGGACAAGGUUAUUUUAUGUUCGUGGAGUCGUCGCUACCCGCAGAGGCAGGAGAUAAUGCAAUUAUUCGGACGCCUUGGCUCAAUGGAGUCAACUUUUGCGUUACCUUCAGCUAUCAUAUGUACGGUGCUUACAUGGGCAGUCUGCGUUUAUAUGCACUUGAAAAGAGAACAACUGAUGGUUAUGGGCAUGAAGUGCUCUUGUGGGAAAAACACGGAAACCACGGUCGCAACUGGCUCACACAAGAAAUAAAUUACAACGCAGGAAAUAACGUUGAGUCCGUUCACUUCUACUGGGAGGUGUUUGUCUUCUACUACCAAUCUGACAUCGCAAUCGACGAUAUUGAUAUUUCACCUGGAACAUGUAGAUCAACACCGGUUGCUACGACCACUUCCCCUAGGUUGGUUGUAUGGACGACCAACCGAAGACCAACGACACCAACAACGACACCACCAACCACUGCAACAACAACCAGAGCAACCACAACUACAAGAUCUACCGUCCCCACCACAACGACCAGAAGAACCAUACCUACGACUCUACCACCAGUGGCUUAUGCAAGUAUUAACUGCACGUUUGACAAUGACUUAUGUGGGUGGACGCAAUCAAGAAGCGAUACUUUCGACUGGACGCAGAGACAGGGACCGACGCCAAGUCAUUCAACUGGGCCUACCAGCGACCACACAACUCAGAAUGGAAUGUACAUGUUUAUCGAAGCAUCAAGUCCAAGAAAACUCGGACACAAAGCACAACUCGUAUCCCCACUUAUUACGCCACAAACUCAUUGCUUGCAUAUGUUCUACCACAUGUAUGGGAGACAGAUCGGCACACUUACCGUUGCGCAAACGAUUGGUGGGGUCAGAACCAAUCUGAUUGAACUGACAGGAGAGAAAGGAAAUCUCUGGAAUUCACUUUCUGUUGAAAUUAACUCAGGAUCUGUGAGAAAAUCAAGCCGACGCAGCGACCGAGAGGAGCGACAAUUUAUUCGCAGCGACGAGAACACGAGAGAAAACCCGACUCAGGAUCCAGACUUAGACGUGGCUUCGACAAACACACAGCACGACUCGAUGGUUGUUGGGACAAGACAGACAGGCUUGUUGCAAGCACAUCCAGAUUUGAGGGUUAUCAUCGAAGGAACUACGGGCCGAGGAUACGCUGGUGAUAUUGCCAUAGAUGACGUUGUUAUUACUGACGGCCCAUGCGAUGCUACACCGAGCGUAGCCCCGGUCGUGCUCGCAAAUGAUUUCAAUUGUAACUUCGAUGUCGAUAUUUGCGAUAUGAUCCAGAACGGUGAUAACUUGGACAACUUUGAUUGGACGCGUAACAGUGGUCCAACGGGUAGCGCAGCAACCGGUCCAUCUACCGACCACACGACGGGCAACGAGCAGGGUUAUUACAUGUACAUUGAGUCGUCAUCACCUCGCAUGGGAAACCAGAUUGCUGAGUUGACCACCCCUAAAAUGACACCACAUCAAUACUGUGUGCGAUUUUUCUCUCACAUGUGGGGUUCGGCUACCGGAGCCAUGAGGGUAUUUUCUAUUGAAGAGUUGCCCGGAACAAGUUCUGAUUCACGGUUGAGACAACUUAAUGUUGUUGGCAACCAAGGAGACUCUUGGAUUGCACGCGAAUUUGACUUCGUGCACAACACCAACGCACUCAAUGUUAAAUUUGUCUUCCAAGGAAAAGUUGGUCCAAGUUUCACGAGCGAUAUAGCGAUGGAUGAUUUGACUAUUACACCGGGAACCUGUCAAGCUAGCUCUUCCACAACAGCUCCAACCACCACAACAACCAGAAGAACAACAACAACAACACGACCGACAACGACGACAACAACAACAACAACAAGACCAACAACAACAACCGCAACCACAAUAACACCAACGACGACAACAACUACAACAACUCAACCAACAACCACAACUAGAUUAACGAGAAGGUCAACCACAAGUUCAUCAACAACAACAACAACCACAACAGUAGCACCCACCACCACCACAACUACGACAACAGCACCAACUACAACCACAACCACGACUCCCCCACCCACUACAACAACUCCAACAACGACGACUACAACAACCACAACACCAGCCACUACGACAACUCUUGCUCCAGUGAAUAUUAUUCCUACAGACUUUGCGUGUGAUUUUGAUGCCUCAUUGGAUUGUGGGAUCACUCAAUCCACAACUGACGACUUUAACUGGAUUCGUCAUCGUGGUAAAACUUCUAGCGGAGGAACUGGUCCUUUGGCGGAUCAUACUUCUGGUACAACAUCAGGCUAUUAUAUGUACGUGGAAGGAAGCCGACCAAGACGCCGUAACCACGAAGCAAUCAUAUCAACUCCGUCUCUUGGAAUCUCCAAAGCAAAGCGAUGUGUGACUUUCUGGUACCACAUGUGGGGUAGUGGGAUGGGUACACUCGACGUUACAGCGGAGUUCGCAACACCGUCCAGGCCAAGUGUAAGAACGAAUGGAGGAGCGUUACCUACGAAUACAAGUUCUGUGUUCCGAAGACAAGGAAACCAAGAUCGUAAUUGGUUAUCUGCUCGUAUUACAUUGGAUCAACACCAGUCUUACAUGGGCGGAUCAGUGGUGUUGCAUUUCCGUGCAAUCCGUGGAGACACUUUCCAAACUGACUUGGCCAUCGACGACAUUUGUACAUCUGAAGGACCAUGCGACUCCAACAAUCGUUGCAACGCAGCUGGGAGGUUAAUCGCUACCACAACACGGGCAGUUGCAGCCACAACAACAACCACGACGCCUGCGACUACCACCACGGGUUCAACAACAACAGUAUCGACCACAUUCUUGGCUACAACGACUCUAGAUCCUUUACUUCGUCUAUGCGUCGGCAUGCCACUGUGCACUUUCGAAAGUCGUCAACCAAACAAUCAACGACCACGUACAGCUUCUGUAGCGCCACCACCUGGACGAGGAGCAUCACUUGAUCUUGGACCUCACGAUCCACAUGCACCAUAUGCUAAUGACCUGAUGUGCGGUUGGAAACAACUUGUACAACGAGAUCAAUUCAACUGGACAAGACACAGCGGUGCCACUGUCAGUAGAGGCACUGGUCCACCAGGAGAUCAUACGACUACUAGAGGUUAUUACAUGUACAUCGAGACUUCUAGUCCAAGAAAAAUGAACGACAAAGCAUUCUUGCAAACAUAUCUCAUGUUUGCCACUGACUAUUGUCUGGACAUCUAUUACAACAUGUAUGGGGUUUUUGCUGGAAGGUUAUCUGUACGUUCUGUUCAAAGGCUUACAAAUGGUAGAACCACCUUGUCGUAUUUGAAGAAUGUAGCUGGUAACCAGGGUACACGGUGGAAGAACAUGAAAGUUCAAUACAGGCCGCCACGUAACGCAAGGGAAGUAGCUUUCAGAUUGGAAGGUGUCGUUGGAAAGGAUUACAGAGGCGAUAUUGCAAUUGAUGAUAUUGCCAUACACCCAGGACGAUGCGAUGCAUGUGCCCGACCAAGUCACUCGUUUACCAACAACUUAAACCAGCAACAAUCUUUCUCCACCGGCUGUGCACAUGCCAGGUUGUUUUAUGUGCGCUGCUGCAGUCUCACCCAAGAAAAGGUGGUGUAUAGACGAGUUGAUAACUGUGACCAAGAUAUGUUUAGCCCUCCGCGAUUAAACUGGUUUUGCAACAACAUGUAAGCUCUAGCGAAACUGUAGAAAAAGGUGCACUUGCCGUUGAUCCGUGGAAGCUCGGCCCUGCUACGGCUAGAGCGAUCGAACGAACUUGAAACAAGAAACCAAACGGCAGAGCGGGCAAGCAGAAUGUAUCGCAUACCUCGUCAAUUUUUCCUUUUUUUCUUAUGCUGCUAACCGCUCGUGGCAAUCUACUUCUACGAAGCUGUUUGUUUCCACGGCGCGGUAUAGAGUUCAACUAUGUUUUAUUUGCGAUACUCUAGCACUAAACUAGCACAUACUGAGCUUACACACUCGCACUACAAAUUUAGUUUCAUUUACUGUGACUUUAUUUAUUGUUAUAGUAAAAGUUUCAAAACUGAACUGCACAAUUGUAAUUUAAAUAACUGAACAAUUGCACUUUGUCAGCAUUCGUUUUAACACCAAUCCAUAGAAAACUUGCCCUCUUUCGUGUUAGCAACAGUUUACUGUGUACAAUCUAAUUUACAAAUGUGCAUCAGCCGUAUUGCAUGCGAUUUUUCAGGUCUGACACUAAUUAUUAAUAUUAUUAUUUAUAACGUUUUUGUUCCACAUUGUUGUAUUUUUAGUGACUUUCAGAUUUUUUUUAUUUAUUGUUUACUUGUUCCAAAUUUAUCGCUUUUCUUUUGCAAAAGCAAUAUGCACUUUUGGUAGGACUAUUUUAUGUUGUAUUGCAUUGCAGUUCGUUUUAUAUUGUAGGCCUAUUGCAGUUUGACGUUUUUUGGUGAGACACAUUCUUAUCUCGAAUAAAAACGAC